CGUCGCCGCGGACGCUGGAGAGCAGGCGCUCGGCUCUGCCUGCCCCGCGUCCUCCGCCGCUGGCUGGCCGGAGCCCGGUCGCCCCGUCGAGCUCCCCCGAGGGCAUGCGGCAGCCGCUGGACACUCGGCUCCUGGGCUCGGCGGCGUGGGCGAGCGAGAGCGGAUGUGCAGCUCUUCUCCACGAUGAAUGAGUGUCACUACGACAAGCGGAUGGACUUCUUUUACAACAAGAGUAACGCGGACACGGCCGACGAGUGGACGGGGACAAAGCUUGUCAUCGUCCUGUGCGUCGGGACAUUUUUCUGCCUCUUUAUCUUCUUUUCUAACUCCCUGGUCAUCGCAGCAGUGAUCACAAACAGGAAGUUCCACUUUCCCUUCUACUACCUGCUGGCGAACUUAGCUGCCGCAGACUUCUUUGCUGGAAUCGCCUACGUAUUUCUGAUGUUUAACACCGGCCCCGUGUCCAAAACUUUGACUGUCAACCGCUGGUUUCUCCGACAGGGCCUCCUGGACGCAAGCCUGACUGCCUCUCUGGCCAACUUGCUGGUUAUUGCGGUGGAAAGGCACAUGUCAAUCAUGAGGAUGCGGGUCCACAGCAAUUUGACCAAAAAGAGGGUGACGCUGCUCAUUCUGUUGGUGUGGGCCAUUGCCAUCUUCAUGGGGGCGGUCCCCACACUGGGCUGGAAUUGCAUCUGCAACAUCUCUGCCUGCUCUUCCCUGGCCCCCAUCUACAGCAGGAGUUACCUCAUUUUCUGGACCGUGUCAAACCUCUUGGCCUUCUUCAUCAUGGUGGUGGUGUAUGUGCGCAUCUACAUGUACGUCAAGAGGAAAACCAACGUGUUGUCUCCACACACGAGCGGCUCCAUCAGCCGCCGGAGGGCUCCCAUGAAGCUAAUGAAGACGGUGAUGACUGUCUUAGGUGCCUUCGUGGUGUGCUGGACGCCGGGUCUCGUGGUGCUGCUGCUGGAUGGCCUGAACUGCAAGCAGUGCGGCGUGCAGCAUGUGAAGCGCUGGUUCCUGCUGCUGGCGCUGCUCAACUCCGUCAUGAACCCCAUCAUCUACUCUUACAAGGACGAGGACAUGUACAGCACCAUGAGGAAGAUGAUCUGCUGCACCUCGCAGGACAGCGGCACUGAGCGGCGCCCCUCCCGCAUCCCCUCCACCAUCCACAGCAGGAGUGACACCGGCAGCCAGUACCUGGAGGACAGCAUCAGCCAGGGCCCCGUGUGCACUAAAAAUGGCUCCUAAAUCAAGGAUGUUUCUCCCCUCUCCCCCUGGGGAAAGAGCUUUUAAGAAUCCUCACCUGUCUAAAAAAGCCCAUGCAUGGACAGUGUUGUUUGAGGUCUCCAUGAGUCACUGCUGGGGUUUUUAAGUUUUCAUUGUCAAGGAAGAUAAGACACUGCGUUUAGUGAAAGUGCACAGAAAAGGAAGGCAGAAACAGGGGGUUCCUGCUUGUUGUCUGCAGACCGCUCAAGACAUCCUCCAGCUCUGGGCUCUGCGACCAUCUUGCCGCCAUUAUCUCUGUGUUUUCCAAGACAGUGUUGAAGCAUCUAGGUCAAAAGAAACAAUAAGUAAUGGUAUUUGAGCCUGCUUGUGUGGCUGCUAGACUCUAGGUAGUUGUUUCUGCAUGCGUUCAAAAUGCUCAAAAAUGCUUUAGCAGUGGGCUUUGUUUUCACCAAAGACACUUCGACCAAGAGCUAGAUGUACUGUAGGAAUCUGGGAAAAACCGGUACAGGUUCUGGAGUAAACUUGAUUUAUAACCAGAUGAACUUUCUGAGGAAAAACAUUUAUUGAAAAGAACACCGAAAAUGUGGAAAUACGGAAAUAUGAGCAUGAGUAGAGCUCAGUCUUGGCUAUCUCGAUACCACUGGUAGGCUUGCUGGAUUCAGUGUGCAAAGGAAUUGCAUAUCUAGUGUUUUACCCAAAGCUGCCAGCAUACUUUAUCUUUCUUAUGGACUGAAUUUUGAUCUUGUAUUUUUCUCCUUCAAAGACCAACGAAAGACAGAUCAGUUAAAAACAAAAACAGUGUUUUAUACACAUAGGCUACUGACCGACAUUUUCUAUGUAAGACAUUUAGAGUAUAUUCUGACUUAAAGUAAGAAUAUCUUCAAGGCAGGUACUAUAGUAUUUAUGUAGUAUGUAAAAGUUUACAUGUUUUCUUUCUUUUUUUUUGCUGUUGUGAUAUAACAUUUAUGUGCACAAACUACUUGUAAUAAAAGAAUUUAAAAAGUUACUCUUUGAGAUAUAACAGCCUAAAAUAUAGAGCAUUAUAAUUUGAAGGCUUAGAUUUUUUUCAUGCUUGCUGCAGUAGGUGGAUGUACCCAAAGCUUAUGUUAAAGCUACCUAUAAAAUAAAAUUUUAAAAGGACCUGUUCUCCCUUGAUGAGGUCCAUUAUUGCUUUUUAUAUUAUCUAAGCAGAAAUACAGCUUGUGGUGACUGUGACUCACAUUUCUAUUACAGAAGAAAAAUCAAAUUUGCCAUGAAGUACAUACUGUCGGUGUUUUAUGUAAGCAUUCCGAAUCUACAGCUGGCCAAAGGGUGGAGAACUGAAAUUGAAUUCCAGUCCCUGAAUAGCUACUAAGGGAUCUUUAAAGGUUUUAUUUUAAGGCAAGAACCAUUUUUAGUGCCCUGCAUCUGAGUGUCAUAUUCAGAAUGGUGUCUGGAGGGGAUCCAAAAUGUGGAAACACAGUGUGGAAAUAUAUAGCUUUUGUUUUUAUGCUCACACACAUCUCGAGAAUGGCACAAGAAUAGGGAAUUCAAGUAUAUUUGGAAAUGAUGAUUGGAGAGGUUACAGAGUUCACUGAGACCACUCAGGAAAUCCAGCCUUUAGUGUGUGAGGGUAAUGAAUGCAAAGAAAGAAGUUCCCCUGGCAAUUCUAAGACCCUGAAUCUGCAAAUCUUAUCUUCAUUCAUUGCAGUGGUCGUAUUGAGCAUCUUGCCCAGACUUUGCCAGAUCCAUAUUUGAGUCUAAGCACAGGUCAAACAAGACUUCAUCCCUUACAAACUUGACGUUUAUAACAUUGUCUGUAGUGUUCUGGUCAACCUGUGUUGUUGAGAGAAAGUCCAGUGUGGAUACUCCUGGCUUGUAAAGAAAUAAUUUUUUUUUAAACAAUCUUUUGAAAUUUCUUGGUGAAAUACAAUUUUGUUGCAAUUGAGUAGUAGAUGUGGGGCCCGUUUGUGACAUUCAGAAGCCCUGAGUUUGAAUACAAUGACAGAACCAUCCUGACUGCAUUUGUACAGCUCUAAAUAAGGCCAAUCUUAGCUUCCCACAUCUGUGUAUGCCUCUAACUUUGUGAAUUCCUUUUUGAAAACCAUUAUCUUGAUGCUUUUUACAAAUGCUAAAAAUCAAAAUGGGUCCAGAUGCCCUGGCCUCCUUGGCACUCUGAGCACAUGCCCAGAUUACAUUAAGACAACCUGGGACCAAGAGCCCAGCGUGUGCUGUAGCAAGUAUGACUCUGUUCACCUGCAACUACCACCCCAUGCAAUGGGGCUUUCCAAGCUCUGUGUUUACAGAUGAGCCUGUGAGCUCAUUAUUCCUCUGAUCACUGGAGGGCGGAAAGACUAUCUGGUCCUCUUUUUCUCAUUGGUGAGACAAGUGGAAUGAAGGUGAGUCCUGUAAAGACACCAUGAAGGUGACUUAGUGAUGACUCAAAACUCAUCAGAACCUGGAAUAAAAAUAGCCUCAACAUUACCCUACAAGGCGAUGCAUCUCAUUGUGUCCUAAAGAGAAUUAAUAACACACACAGCAGAUGUGACUGCUGGGAAGCUUACUGUAGAAUCUCAUUCCCUUUGUGGAUCACUACACAUGGUGUUAAAUUGGAAAUCCCCAAAGCUCCUUCAGUUUUAUGUGUUGUCUUUCAGGCAUAGAGGUUGGGGUGAGUAUUGCUUAAAGAUGAGAAUUUUUAAAGUAAGAGAAAGUGUGUUUUGUGUGAAGGAUGCUCUCCCAAACAUGCCACACAAUUUGCUCAUAGUUUAAUAUUAGUUUCCACAGAGAUAGAAGUGUUAGUAGGCAUGCUGUUGCUGGGUUUUUUGUUUUGUGUUGUUUUGUCUCCCUGCUGCUGUAUUUUAUCAUUUUCUCCACAGUAUCUUAGAAUGUUCACUUUCUUAAAUUAUCAGAUGGCAGAUUAUUGACUAUAGUUGUUAGGAGUGUGGAGUGCUUUAUCAUCUGUAACAUCUGGAAUAGGUUUAUUGUGCAAACAGUAACACAUGGAACAUUGGCUUGUGUGUGUGUGUAAGUUUCAGAGUGCAUAAAUAAAAGUGUGGGUCCCACCAUACUAUGUAACAGAGUGACUAUGGGUACAAUCAGUAAUCAAGAUUGGCAGUUCACUGUACCAGUCAAUUCUGGAUCUUGCAGUUCACGGCUGUUUUUAAAAAGUUUCAGUUUUAUGCAGUAGCACAUAAUAUUUUUCUGUUAUCAACAAUUUCAAAUUUGUACAAUCCAAUUUUCAUAAAAUGUACCUGUACUUUAUUUUUUGUUUAGAUUCGAGCUUGCACAUUAUACGAUAAGGUAUAUUGAAUAAAGAGGGGAGGAUUGUG